UUGCUCAAUGUCCAUUCGCCAAUACGUAACAAAUACAAAUUUAUGUGUUUACAAUUUACUGAAAGCUUAAUCAGUGUAAUACGCACCUAUAAAUUAUAAAUAUAAUAUUUUAAGUCAACGAUUGAAACCGGCACGACCUAGACGUACGACUUUUUGACCCAUUUCACUGUUUUCAGAUCGUUAGUAUCGUUGGUACUCAGUGGUCAUGUGUUUGAUACGGGACCACGAUGACAACUGCGAGAGGUUUGUGUAUCCAUUUAACAUACUGGACACCAUCGACCUAACAUUAGACGAGAUGGGAGACGAUGAUGACUUCAUAGAAAUCACACAGCGUGGUGAUCUGUGGAACUAUCCGUACAACUUAUUGCCAUCUAGUGAUGAAGAAGAAACGGCAAGAGGUUUCAUAGAUCAUAUUAUGGAAGACAAUAAUGAAGAUAUUAUUUAUGCUAGUUCAGUAUUUAAUGAUUCGUCAAAUGAAAUAAAUCAAAAUGCUAGCACACCUAGUGCUUCAGUAAAUAUUAAUAUUUUGGAAACCAACGAUACUGAUCAUUCUAGUGAAGAAAGAGAAUUUGAAUUGAAUAUACCACAAAUAUUGUUAUCGAUGUCCAGAAUAUCAAAUAAUUUGUAUAAUCUAACAUCGGCAUCUCAUGAUUAAUUAGUCUUUUUCAUAUGUAUACUAUAACAUUGUUUAAUUUAUUAAGUUUAUUCUACACUUCAUAAAAAAUAUACUUUAGUUCAAUACAAUUAUUAAUUGUUUAAAGGAA